AUGCCUGCAAACCCCUAUCCCGAGCGUGGUCGUUCUACUGUCCGCCUGGAUGAGAGCAGUGCGCAACAGAACGCGACCCGCUCCUCCGACGAUGGUUCUGCGAGAGUACGCUCCACCAAACGCCGGUCGUCUUCGAGUCCUUCUUCCAACAACGAGAAGUCAAGACCAAAGAUUGAAAAAUGGACACUGGGCAUACUGAACGAUAAGAAGACCGAGGAAGUUCCUGGCACGGUCUUGCUGCUGUCCUCCAACCGAAAUGAGCCGCUGGGUCUUGAGUAUCAACAAGGCCGGCGGAGCAGUUCCUCCAUGCCGGCUCAGCCCAUGUCACCCAGGCGUCUCUCGGUGGCAUCCAAGAAGAGAACAAAGGAUGGCCAAGUCAUCCUAGAUCCGCAGCCGGACGACUCGCUAAAUGAUCCUCUCAACUGGCCCGCAUGGAGACGUGAUAUGGCUCUUCUCUCUCUUGGGUUCUACUGCAUGUUAGGUGGCGGUAUGACACCCAUUCUGGCCGCUGGCUUCAACAAUGUUGCCCAGUCCUUUCACGUCGCUUAUUCAAGGGUCGCCCUGACUACGGGCUUGUACAUGAUGGGUUUGGGAGUCGGUAGUGUCGUCUUUUCACCUACAGCAAUCCUCUUCGGGAAACGGCCCGUCUAUCUAGCUUCAGCAGUGAUGUUCAUCCUCACUUCGGUCUGGUGUGCUCUGGCACCCAACUACGCUCAGUUGGCAACUGCAAGGGUCUUUCAGGGAAUAUCUGUGAGCCCAGUGGAAUGCUUGCCGUCUGCCAGCAUUGCAGAAAUCUUCUUUCUGCAUGAGAGAGCAUUUCGUAUUGGGAUAUAUACCCUCCUCCUUCUUGGUGGGAAGAACUUAAUACCCCUAGUGAGCGCAGUUAUUAUCAACGCCAAGGGUUGGAGAUGGGUAUUUUGGGUCGUCACCAUUGUAGCAGGCUUCGGUCUGCUUGUCCUUUUCCUUUUCGUUCCGGAAACUUUUUGGGAUCGCACUCCGAGACCAAAAUCAAGGAGACCGACGGUGCAUCGAAGCUGGUCUAACAUACUUCAUCAUCCAUUGCAUCAGAAUAAAGAUAAUGCUGCCGGGCGCCAGCCACUUGACAGCACUGCGCUUCAAGCCGCUAUCGAUAAGGCCAUGACCCCGAGACAACACAGGCUGCACGAGCAAAAUGUACACGCCAGGUUUGAGGAGGAGAUUGAAGACGACAAAAUCGAGCAGCAUGAAGUGGAGGUGAAAGACCAUUCUGAUCCAAUAUCUUCUGCCCAUUAUCAUCCCAGUGCUCCCGAUGAGAAACCUCACAAAGAUCUGGCAUCUUCAACGGACGGUGCAAAUGAUGUGAAAGACCCAGAAGAUACCAAUCGAGGAAAUGCCGAAGAAAUGGGACCGGUCGCGAAACCAGCACUUGUUGCCCUUCCACGAAAGAAGCUCAAACCCACAGGGUUGACUAUGCCGCCAUCACCAGACCCCCGCUCCUUUAGUAGACCCUGGGACGGGAGCCACAGUGGUGAGCCGCUGACUUUACCCCUGGCGUCAAUGCCUCCGAGCUCUAGGAGCGCCACGGCGAGGUUUUCUGUCAAUGAUCCCACUGUCCCGCAUCUUCAUAACCUCAAUUCUCCAUACUAUGUCGAGCUUGAAAGGACUGAUGACUAUCUCAGUCACCAUGCGGUUCCUGAAUCAACAAGCGAUAGGUCAAGGGAUCCAAACCAAGGCGUGGCGAGAUCCGACACCGCUGCCACAAUUCCUGGCACCCCCGUCCAUCUGGAAAAGACAAGAUCGAGUAGUAUCAACGAAGGCUUGCCCUCCCCUAGACUGAUUCGCUACACAACCAAUCUCAAGCAAUCGCCGCCAAAGUCUUACAUCGAGACCCUUCGACCGUGGAAUGGCAGGCUGUCUAAAGCAAAUUGGUUUCGCGUUGCUCUCCGGCCAUUCAUUCUCUUUGCUUAUCCGAGCGUUCUUUGGUCGACGCUGGUAUACUCUUUGUCGAUUGGCUGGCUUAUUGUGCUGUCCGAGUCGAUAUCUAACAUCUACCGAAACCGAGAUACAUACAACUUUACCGCUCUCCAGGCUGGGUUGGUCUACAUUUCGCCGUUCGUUGGCGGCAUUCUCGGCACGGCAGUCGCGGGACGGGUAUCCGACAUCAUCGUUCGCUUCAUGGCUCGCAAGAAUGGCGGUGUCUACGAACCCGAAUUUCGCCUGGUCAUGGCUAUCCCGGUUGCGAUCAGCACCUCUGUCGGUCUCAUGGGCUUUGGGUGGUCUGCCCAAGAGCGAGACGCAUGGAUUGUCCCUACCAUCUUCUUCGGUAUCAUUUCCUUCGGCUGCUCCUUGGGAAGUACCACGUCCAUCACCUUCUGCGUCGACAGCUACCGGCAAUAUGCCGGCGAAGCGCUGGUGACAUUGAAUUUCAGCAAGAACAUCUUUCACGGACUUGUGUUCAGUCUGUUCUUUGCGAAUUGGCUAGAAGGUGACGGGCCCAAGACCACCUUCUUGGCGAUUGGAGGUAUUCAGCUUGCUUGUAUGUUUACGGCCAUUCCAAUGUACAUUUAUGGAAAGAGGGCCAGGAUGUGGACUGUCAGAAGAGCGUUCAUGGAAAACUUUUGA